AUGGCCGCCGUUGACCUCCCUGAAGAGAUAUGGCGCCUCAUAGCGGACGAAAUCGUCGAGGCGACGUUCUGCAAGGAGUUUCCCUAUCGUCUGAUGGGCGUCAACCGCGCUUUCUUCAACUAUUACCUUGACAUGGUCUACGGAGAAGUCUAUUGGGCCAAGCUCGACCACGAUACCGUGUGGCAACUCGAGCGACUUCAGAACCCAAUUAUCGCCUCCCAUGUCAAGCGCCUGCGUAUUCACGCGUGGUUCAUCGACUACCUCAUGUCCAGAGACGCUCUCGCCCGUCCUCCUUCGCGCUUCAAACGGCUUCUUCAAUUUAUCCGGCGCCGUCCAGCUCCUUCCAGUUCCUCCACUCUCGAGUCGUCCGAAGUCCAGUUCGCGAAAAGCUUCUCCAAGAACAAGCUCGUAAAUGGCAGUGGCUCGUCGUAUAAACCCAUCAUCACGGCUAUGCGGACGGCGAUUGGACAUAUGACUUCGGUGACGACCUACACCUUCGAGCUGCGCGACCUCCCGUUGACGAAGGAUACCGAGUUGUUUCUGGUCGCUGCUCGGCUUUCGUUCGGGUCCACCCUCCGCAAGCUUGUUCUGCACACCGCCAUAUCCAAGUUUGAUUCCGUCUUACAGCACACCGGUUUCGAAUUCCUUGAUGAGCUAGAGUUGCAUUUCGACUAUGCAGCGGGUGUGCCGUCGAAGGAGGAAGAGAGUGCGUUGUUGGAGAAUGUCGUUCCGUUUAUCAACUCUCGGUGUUCUUCCAUCCGCACGCUUUCGAUUUCGUCCUGCUCUGCAGCAGACCUUUCACCUUUCUUCUCCUCCCUUGACGAUUUCCGGUCCCUUCGGAGCCUCUCGUUGUAUAUAUUCUAUGACGAGGCUCACCUCUCCGACCCUUCAUCCCUUCUUAACCUUAUUCGUCCGAGACUCCACCACGUUGAUUUCAAGAUUCGAACACCCGAGAGCGAGUCUUUCAAGAACAAGGAAACACUAUUCCAAACCCGGAUGGAGAGUUGGAAACCCGUCAACACGCACCUCCUCUCACACCGCUUGCUCUUCGCCUCCAUCGAAUCGCUCCAUAUUCCAUUCCUCUCCCUCGAAGCGACUCUUCCUCUCAUCUCCAGUUCAUCGAGGAGCUUAAGCCGUCUGAGCUUGUAUGAUACGAAGUUGAGCUUUGGGGAGUUGACUGGGGUGAUGGAUGCGUUGGGUGAGAGUGGGAGAGCGUUUGGAGUGCGGUUUUUGCAUGUGGAGGUGAAGGAGUUGACGGUGGGCUGUUUGAAGAUGUUGGCUGGACGGUUGCCGAGGUUGGAGAGUCUGGUGCUGAUUUAUGAUGUUGUUGAUUUGCCAGAACUCGCUUUCAGAUGGACCUGA